GAAAGAAAGCCCCAGCCCACUGCAGCUACGCCUUCUUCUCUACUUCCCUCUGCGAGUUUAUUGCGCGGGCUGCUGGUUCUGCUGUCGGUGUCCGUCUGCUGCUCAUCAUCAUCAUCAUCAUCUUGUGACUUGCGGAUCGACAGCGGCCGUGGCAUUGCUGGGGUCGCUGGAGGUGCGCUCUGUUCCCAAGGGCACUGCCUCCCGCAGGCGCGCGCCGGGCGGACCAUGAGUGGGCGCGACGAAGAAGAAGUGCAAGCCGUCCCCACGGCCACGGCCAGCUCCAACGCCGACGCCACCGAAGACGAGGUGCCGCGUCCGGCAUCACGUACUACUGUACCCAGCGGGGGGAUCAUUGUCCGCGAUUCUGUCAAGCCAUCUCGAGGCGCCACCCCCCCCGUCCAGGGGAACAGAGCAAAACGCCUCCGGCAUGCUCCCCUUGCGGACGCCGCGUUGCCGACCGCGGCAGCAGAGACCAACGGUGGGCGGGCGGGGAUACCGGCUGGUAAGGAGGCGGAGGAGGGAGGGGGCGGUGCGGCGGGAGGCGUCGCCGGCGGCGGCGGCGGCGGCGGCGGCGGCCGGACGCAGAAGAGGACUGAUUACCUGGUGUGGGAUGACUACUUCAUGUCGGUCGCGUUUCUCAGCGCGAUGCGGUCGAAGGAUCCGUCUACCCAGGUCGGAGCUUGUAUCGUAAACGAAGACAAGCGCAUCGUGGGCAUCGGGUACAACGGGUUCCCGAUGGGAUGCAGCGACGACGAUCUGCCGUGGGCGCGCCAGGCGGACGACGAGCUGGACACCAAGUACCCGUACGUCUGCCACGCGGAGAUGAACGCGAUUCUCAACAAGAACAGCGCUGACGUCAAAGGGUGCCUGAUAUACGUGGCCCUGUUCCCGUGCAACGAGUGCGCCAAGCUCAUCAUCCAGAGCGGCAUCCGAGAGGUGGUGUACCUCUCCGAUAAGUACCGCGAGACCAACAGCAUGAAGGCGUCGCGAAGGCUCUUCGAUCUUUCGGGCGUGAAAUGCCGGCAACACAUCCCCAAGCAGGACAAGAUCACCAUCGACUUCUCGUCCACCCGCAGAUAG